AUGACGCAACCGGUGCCUCCUAGAACAUCUGCACAUAAACCAUAUCUCGAUGCUAUUCGAGCAACACUUCAAGCUGCUUUUUGUAUCGAAAAUUUUGAAUCUCAAGUUGUUGAACGACAUAAUAAACCUGAAGUUGAAGUGAAAUCUUCAAAACAAUUAUUACUUAAUCCAGUUACUAUAAGUCGUAAUCAAAAUGAACGAAUUCUUAUCGAAGGUUCAGUUAAUUCUGUUCGUAUAAGUAUUGCUGUUAAACAAGCUGAUGAUCUUGAAAAGAUUUUAUGUAAACGAUUAAUGCGUUUUAUGAUGCAACGUGCUGAUGAUUUUCAUAUACUUCGACGAAAACCAAUUCCUGAUUAUGAUAUUAGCUUUUUAAUAACAAAUUUCCAUGCUGAAACAAUGUAUAAGCAUCGUCUAGUUGAUUUUAUAAUUUAUUUUCUUGAAGAAAUUGAUAAAGAAAUUAGUGAAAUGAAAUUGGCUGUUAGUUCACGUGCACGAAUGUGUGCUGAAGAAUUUUUAAAAAAAUUCAAUUGA